ACCAGUGUGUGUGUGUGUGUGUUGGGGGUGUACCGCUACAAGACACACAAGGGCUCUACUGAGCCCACCAGAGGGAUUUGGCUCCUGAAACUUCCUUUUGCAGGACGGACGGUGCUUCUCGGGGUGUCUUGAAGUUAAAAGUGUGGAUCUUUUUCUCAUGAGCGCCACGAACGGACUGCACCAGGCUAUCCUGACCUCAAACCUUUAGGGAAUGGCUCUGCGGUCCAGGACGGGAUUCUAUCGGCAGGAGGUAAACAGAACCGUGUGGGAAGUUCCGGAACGCUACCGAGACCUGAGGCAGGUUGGGACUGGAGCUUAUGGGACUGUUUGUUCAGCGUGGGACCGUCGGGCAGGGACACAGGUGGCCAUCAAAAAGCUUCACCGACCCUUCCAGUCCAAACUUUUCGCCAAAAGAGCCUACAGAGAGUUGCGACUCCUCAAACACAUGAAGCAUGAAAAUGUCAUAGGACUUCUGGAUGUUUUCACCGCCGAAAUUUCACUGGACCGCCUCAGGGACUUCUACCUGGUCAUGCCUUUCAUGGGUACGGACCUGGGCAAGCUCAUGAAGCUGGAGAGGCUCUCAGAGGACAGAGUUCAGUUCCUAGUCUACCAGAUGAUGAAAGGACUCAAGUAUAUCCACUCAGCAGGGAUCAUCCACAGGGAUCUGAAACCAGGAAAUCUAGCCAUCAACCCAGACUGUGAGUUAAAGAUUCUAGACUUUGGUCUGGCAAGGCAAGCUGAUGCAGAGAUGACGGGCUACGUUGUGACCCGCUGGUACCGAGCCCCAGAGGUCAUUCUCAACUGGAUGCACUACACGCAAACAGUGGAUAUCUGGUCCGCUGGCUGUAUCAUGGCAGAGAUGCUGCUGGAGAAGCCGCUGUUCAAGGGCAACGAUCACCUGGACCAGCUACGAGAAAUCAUGAAAAUCACAGGAACGCCUGCUGCUGACUUUGUGGUGAAGCUACACAGCCAAGAUGCCAAAAACUACCUCAGAGGUUUACCAAAAGUGCCCAAAAAAGAUUUGCACUCCAUUUUCUCCAAAGCUAGCACAAAUGCGGUGUGCGUGCUGGAAAAGAUGCUUCUCCUGGACCCCGAAGAGAGGGCGAGCGCCUCGGAGGCCCUCGACCUCCCUUUCUUCUCCGACUUCCGGGACACAGAGGAGGAGACCGAGGCGCAGCCGUACGACCAAACCAUGGACAACACAGACCUGACGCUGGACCAAUGGAAAAGGCACACGGUCACUGAGAUAUUGACCUUCAGGCCGCCUAAGGACUCCAGAGAGACGUCGCUUUAAAAACACACAGACUUGCACUUGCUAAAAACGGAUGUUUUUUUUUUUUUUACGCGUAGAAUGCUUAUUUUUGAAUAAAUGUGAUUUGUAUAAUAAUUGGACAGAGUGACAUCAUUUGAGUGAAUGGUGUACCUCAUGAUUAGAUGUAUUGUGACAUAUGCAAGAAAAAUGGUGUACUGAUGCAAAAAGAGUGAGCAAGGCAUUACAGAAUACAUUUUUAUUUAAUGACGGAUUCAACGCAGCAACUGGGGCUGUUCAGUAACUCCCUUGGGUGAGAAUGGCUUUGCCAUGGCAACAUUGAACGCACCCUAAUAUGAAUAAUACACAGGUCACACGCCGUACUUCUUCCGCAGGGCUGCAACGGAUGAUCCAUCCAGGUUCGUUUGGUGAAGAAAGUCGAAUACUUCUUU